GUUACGGGGAAAUAUUGCUUUUCAUGUCAUGGACCUGAAACUGUGUGUAGAUGAAUGCUCAGACAUACUCAGCACGUUUUGUUAUGGACUGUACCAAACCUACAGAAAAAUCAGCGGAGGGGUGUACAAGUCGGAGUGAAAAAGCGGAAGAAAAAAGCCGGUUGUAUAAAAGUGAAUCAUUGCAAGUGUAUCAUGAGCGAUGGUUCAGGAGUAAUUAACCUGGCUGCGCUGGGGGAUUCGGAUGGCUACCUGGAGCGCUUUAAAUCCUUCCUGACUGAGAACAGACCCCCAAGCACAGAGCUACUCCUCUCAUUCAGCCCCUGUUUGCCUUUCUCCGAGCCUGAGGAUUUUGCUGGCACUGACUGCUUGGAUGUAGCAGCAUGCCUGAUAGUCAAGCAUCGCAAAAACAACAGAUUUGUCAGUCGCUAUAUUAACUAUGGGAGACACGAAGGCAAUGAAUUCCAAUAUAAUGACAGCACCAAGACCCUGUCUGUUGCAUACCCAGUCCUGAGCAAAAGCCACCCACAGACCAUCGUGCAUUACCACUGCAGUCCAAACCGCUCCAUUGCCUUCUCUCAACGCUUUGGCCGAGACGUGCCCCUGGAGAUUCGGGUAGACAGUCCCUGCGCCUGCCCGAAUGCCUGUGCUCUGGAGGAUGUGGGUCCUGGCACCAUCUUCCUCAUCAUCCUCUGCCUCAGUGCCACAGCUUACCUUAUCUUAGGCUCCUGUGCUCUGCGGCCGUUCCGGACCAGCAGUGGGGUCCAGAUUGCCCCAGAGGAGAGCUUAUGGUGCAUGCUGUGUUACCUCUUCACAGAGAGAAAGCGCAAGAGGCCGCGUCGGAGACACUACUCUCUGAAGGAGGAGACGCUGUAAACGUGGGACACAGCAGCAGGCAAGGACAUGAGAUAAAAAUAGAAAGGGGAAACAGUUUGGGUCAAAUGGGGAUUGGUGAUUUGGAGAACUUGCAAUGCACUGUAGCCUUGUAUUACACAAAUCCUUCCCUUCUCACUGCAUAUGUAUCUUGAUCCGGAACUUUUCAGGGAAUACAAGUUUGUCUGUGCCACUAGA